AUGCCGAAAAAGCCUACCAGCGAGGAGAAGUACCAGAACUUUAGCGACAGUGGUAUGCGGGACCGCGUGGCUGCUGUGCACUCCCACGAGUACCAGCCACCAGCGCAGAGCCCCGAAGAGGACCCUUCCCAGCAGCCAUCUGGCUUUACUUCCAGUGGAUGGGACAAGUAUUAUUUCUUCAGCAACCCGGCCAACUGCUCCGGACCUGGCAAAGGUGGGCUACAUCCAACCGCGCGCUUGGGACGUAAUCGCCCCGCAAUGAAUGGGCCACAGACCUUUACCAUUGAGGCUUUCAGCCCGGAAGAACUGGCGUUUGCACGGAAGAAAAUAGAGAAAAAGGGUGCUCGCACUUCCUACACGGAGGCCUUCAGCCAGUUUCCCAGGAGUUCUACAUCAGUGCUUGGGCCCAUUGAGAGACCUACAGGGCCACACAUCAUGAAGCAGGCCGUGGCCAGUGGGCAGUCUGUGUCAGACACGCUCAGCCAGGCUGGCUUGGGCGCACUAACACGCUCCGCAACAGUGCCGGAGCUGAUGGCAGGGCCGCUUACAGCCCAUCGGAUGGGCCCACACUGGCCACCACCAGGCCCAGAACGACCAGAUCCACUAAAGACCCGGCAGCAGCUGAUGCAGAUGGGACCCCAUCGUACCUUUGUAGAGCUUCAUGCCAGGGACCGGAAGGCCCCAGAGGAGUACCUGUACACCAUUACGCGCACAUGA